AUGCGAGCCUGGAGGCUCACCGGGGCCUCGAACUGGCGCUUCGGGCCUCGUCGUUCCCACAAGCAGGGUGGUGACGCCAAGCGCGGCUCCCACUCCGCACGCGCUGGCGCGUCAGCGUCCCUGCCCUUCGACCCCAAGUGGCUUCUGCUCCCCCCCGCCGCUGCCGCCCUGCUGGGCGGAGUGGCCUACGCCCACAACACCCAGUUCAGUCUGUCCCCCAGCGUCGCCACGGCCCUGCAGCAGUACUCGGGCCAACACACACCCGCCCACGACUGGGAGGAGGUCAUCGCCAGCGAGCCGGGCACCCUGCGGGUGCUGACCGCGGAGGCGCUGCUGGCCCAGGACCACCCCUUCCUGGAGGAUGACCACAUGUUCUCGGCCUUCGUCAGCAAGGGCAUCGUGGAGGACCUGACGGGUUACUACAACCCCGAGCAGCGGCGCUGGCACAGCGUGGUCGCUCUGGGGCGCGAAGUUUGUGGCUUCCCCCGCGUCGUGCACGGCGGGCUGACCGCCGCCAUGUUUGACGAGUCCUUUGGCGGCCUCCUCUUCAGCCUCAAGCAGGCCAAGGCCCUGGACUUCUGGGGCCCCGCAUACACAGUGGCGCUGGAGGUCCAGUACAAGGCCAAGAUCCCGGCCGGGCAGCGCCUGCUGUGCACCGCAGAGGUGGAGAGCGCGGAGGGCAGGAAGGUGUGGAUGAAGGCCACGAUGACAGACGGGCCGGGGGGCAAGGUGUUUGCCACCUCCCGCGCCCUGUUUGUGGCGCCCAAGCUGCAGAAAGUGGUCCCCAUGGUCACCUCCUACCUCUGGCACCGCGUGUUUGGGAGCAAGAAGGCGGCCCCUGCCAACCUGGAGUAG